CAGAGCGGCGGUGCCGAAGAGAAGCCUUUAUAAAAGAGCAAGUCAGAGGAACGGGACCAUUUUUCGACCUAACGUUGCUUAUUUUAGAAUGUCUGGUAGAGGAAAGACUGGUGGUAAGGCCCGUGCUAAAGCCAAGACUCGCUCUUCACGGGCUGGAUUGCAGUUCCCUGUAGGCCGUGUUCAUCGGUUGCUGAGGAAAGGCAAUUAUGCUGAGCGUGUGGGUGCUGGUGCUCCCGUCUACUUGGCUGCUGUGCUAGAGUAUCUGACUGCUGAAAUUCUCGAGUUGGCCGGUAAUGCCGCCCGUGACAACAAGAAGACUAGAAUCAUUCCUCGUCAUCUGCAACUAGCGGUGCGUAACGAUGAGGAGCUCAAUAAGUUGCUGGGUGGCGUGACUAUCGCUCAGGGUGGUGUGUUACCGAACAUUCAGGCCGUACUUCUGCCCAAAAAGACCGAGAAACCUGUCAAGAGUAAAUAAGUUGCUGGGGUAAUUCUUUUCUAAACAUCAACGGCUCUUUUUAGAGCCACC